UCGGGAUCCACGUUCCGAUUCAUAAACACAAGAGGGCGCUAUUCGACAAGCGCGAAAAAUUAGGGAAAAUCUGAGCACAACAUGGCGAACGUCGAACAGGAGCUUGUGCAGCUGGAGCUGCUAUGCAAGCAACUUUACGAGAGCCCUGACACCGAACAACGUUCACAGGCCGAGAAGGCUCUAGUUAGUUUCACCAACUCUCCAGAUCUCAACAAAUGCCAGCUACUGCUUGAAAGAGGGAAUUCUGCCUAUGCCCAGUUACUUGCAUCAUCAUCACUCAUCAAACUGGUCUCUAAAACCACAGCAGUUAUUCCCCUUGAACAAAGAAUAGACAUCAAAAACUAUGUGUUGAACUAUCUUGCCAGUAGACCCAAACUGCCGAAUUUUGUUUCCCAGGCACUCAUUCAGUUACUCGUGCGGAUUACAAAGCUAGGAUGGUUCGACAGCAGGAAAGAUGACUAUGUCUUCAGGAAUGUCAUGUCGGAUGUCUCCAAAUUUCUCCAAGGUUCUAUGGAACAUUUUGUCAUUGGAGUACAACUCAUGUCACAACUUGUUAGUGAGAUCAAUCAGCCCGACAACAUUCGUCCCCUUACGAAGCACAGAAAGAUAGCUUCAUCCUUUCGAGACACCAUGUUAUUUGAGAUCUUCAACAUGGCAUGUAAUCUACUCAAACAAGCUUCUAAAGGUGGUAUCAACAUGCAGGAUGACAGCAAGCAAGCUGUGAUCAACCAGCUCUUGCAGCUCUCAAGGAACUGCUUGACCUUUGACUUCAUAGGUACACUGACUGAUGAAUCAUCAGAUGACUUGGGCACUGUCCAGAUACCUACAGGAUGGCGGUCAGCCUUUUUGGAUUUUAGCACAGUACAUCUCUUCUUUGAUCUAUACAAAGCAUUACCUGCAACGUUAGCACCUAUAGCCCUCUCCUGCCUAGUUCAGAUAGCUUCAGUACGGCGGUCAUUAUUCAACAAUUCAGAACGAGCAAAGUUUUUAUCACAGCUAGUCACUGGGGUGAGAGGCAUCCUGGAAAAUCCACAAGGUCUUUCAGAGUCAGCGAACUACCAUGAGUUCUGCAGAUUACUUGCAAGAUUAAAGUCCAACUAUCAGCUUGGUGAACUGGUCAAGGUGGAAGACUACACUGAAGUCAUAGCCUUGAUUGCAAAAUUCACAGUCUCAAGUUUACAAGCGCCAGUUUGGCAAUUUGCACCCAACAGUAUUCACUACCUCUUAACGUUAUGGCAGCGGAUGGUUGCGUCCGUUCCCUACGUCAAGGCCACGGAACCCCAUCUCCUGGAGGUCUACACUCCGGAGGUCUCCAAGGCUUACAUCACCUCAAGGUUAGAUUCUGUUACCAUGGUGAUACGAGAUGGGUUGGAAGACCCCCUGGAUGAUACCGGUAUGGUUCAGCAGCAGUUAGAACAACUGUCUACCAUAGGUCGGUGUGAAUAUGAGAAGACCUGUGCACUCCUCAUUCAGCUCUUCGAUCAAUCAGCGCAAGAUUACCAGAAGACCUUACCCUCAAGUCCUGAAAUGGCCAUACAAGAAGGUCGAUUGACUUGGCUUGUGUAUAUCAUUGGUGCCGUGAUCGGUGGUCGGGUAUCUUUCACUAGCGCAGAUGAACACGAUGGGCUCGAUGGGGAAUUGGUCUGCAGAGUACUGCAAUUGAUGAACCUUACUGAUGCCAAACUAUCACAUGGCGGCUGUGAGAAGCUAGAUAUCGCAAUGCUUAGUUUCUUUGAACAAUUCACAAAGAUAUAUCUUGGACACCAGAUACAAAAGUCAUCUAAGCUAUACAGAACGUUAUCACAGGUGCUAGGACUCCAGGAUGAAUCCAUGGUCCUCAGUGUAUUCAUUGGUAAAAUAAUCACCAACCUCAAAUACUGGGGAGGCAGCGAGCCCAUCAUCUCGAAGACGUUACAGCUUCUCAAUGACCUGUCCGUUGGGUACAGCAGCGUUAGGAAGCUGGUCAAAUUAGAAGCAGUGCAAUUCAUGUUAGCCAAUCAUACAAGCGACCAUUUUCCAUUUCUUGGCGCCAAUGGCACGCUAUCUGUCCACGAUAUGAGGUGCCGGUCAACCUUCUACACUGCCCUCGGGAGGUUACUAUUGGUAGAUCUCGGGGAGGACGAGGAAAGGUUUGAAACUUUCAUGGUACCGCUCACGACAGCCUUUCAAUAUGUUGGCAACCAACUGGCUAAUGCAAAGACGGGUUCAGGUUGGAAUGAAGCUAAUACGAAGAGAACACUUAUUGGGCUAGCCCGAGACAUCCGAGGGAUCGCUUUUGCUUUCAACACAAAGACAAGUUAUAUGAUGCUCUUUGACUGGAUCUACCCUGCCUAUACCCCUGUCUUACUGAGUGCCAUAGAGCUGUGGUACCAUGACCCAUCUGUGACCACCCCCCUUCUGAAGCUCAUGGCCGAACUGGUCCAGAAUAGAUCACAGAGGUUACAGUUUGAUGUCUCCUCACCAAAUGGUAUCUUGCUAUUCAGGGAAACCAGUAAGAUGAUGGUAGCAUAUGGUACAAGAUUGCUCACUAUUCAGGACAUUCCAAAAGACCAGAUAUACCAGAUGAAAUUGAAAGGCAUCGCUGUUUGUUUCUCGAUGUUGAAGGCUGCCCUCUCUGGCAGUUAUGUCAACUUUGGUGUAUUCCGUCUUUACGGUGACAGUGCAUUAGAAGAAGCAUUGCAGAUGUUCGUCAAACUCCUCCUCUCGAUACCCCUAAGCAAUCUAUUGGACUACCCUAAACUCAGUGGAUCUUACUAUGUUCUAUUGGAAUGCUUAGCCCAAGAUCACAUGGGUUUCAUCAGUAGUUUAGAACCUCAAGUCUUCCUACAUGUCUUAUCAUCGGUAUCAGAGGGUCUUACAGCACUCGAUACUAUGGUGUGUACAAGCUGCUGCGCUAUCCUGGAUCAUAUAGGGACAUUCCUCUUCAAGCAACUCACGAAGAGCACUAAGACAACUGGUCAGACCAACAGCUGGCCAAAGAGUGGAGGGGACACCAAGAACUACACAAACCUGCUAGAUGUACCAAGGGAUCUCCUUAGACAGAUGCUGUCAACAGUACUGAAUAUUAUCAUGUUUGAGGAAUGUAGGAAUCAGUGGUCCAUGUCUAGGCCUCUCUUAGGUCUUAUCCUACUCAAUGAAAAUUAUUUUCAAGAGUUCCAGCAGUCUGUUAUUAGUGCCCAGCCAGUGGAGAAGCAACAAGAUAUGCACAUGUGCUUCAAGAACCUUAUGGAUGGUAUAGAAAGGAACCUCAGAACAAAGAACAGAGAUAGAUUUACGCAGAACUUGUCUGUAUUCAGGAGGGACGUGAACGACUCUCUGCGGACGUCCAACACGUCGGGUAACAACGGAGAUGGCAGCACGGGUAGCAACUCCACAGUGACGGUUGACAUGAUGAGCUAACAUAGAAUCCACUCAGUGGGACUAAUGGGAGUCAUUCAGGGUCUUUCUGUUCCUGCAAUUACCCGCAAACCAUCUAGAGUAAUAUGCAUGGAUGUGGAUAGUGAUUUUGGGGGUGCAGGUGGAAGCCCAAUGGUGUUAGUG